CGUGAGGGGCAGGGUCCCCUCCUCCCCAGACGGCGGCGGCAGGGUCUCAGUGGAGACCCUGGGUCCUUCUGCGUGCCGGAGGCCUCUGCCCUUCAAGCCGAGCAAGCAGAGCUGCCAUAUGGGCAAAGGAGACCAAACUUCCGAGGCCUUGUAGGUCUUUACUUACCUUGUUUCUGUGAAGAGCUAUAUUGAUACAUAACUUACAUGCCACAAAGCCCCAGAGUUCACGUAUGCGUCUUUGUGAAAACUGUCCCGAGAAAGGAAAGCAAAGCGCACCCUUCAGCGAGGAGCUCGCUCAGAAGUCCUCGGCUGACUUUGGGCGUCAGGGCAGCCUCAUCAGGAGAUUGAUGGUUUCCAGGCUGAAUACUCCUGGCUUUCGGGGUCCCCUGGAGAGGAAGAUGUCCGGGCCACCAGCUCGGCGCGCUCCUGUGCAGGCUCCACUCUCCCUGGGCCUCUCCCUUUUGCCGCUGUUGCCCCCCUUGCGUGGCUGGGAGGGAGCCCUGACCUUGGGGCCACUGGUCAGCCUUACAGGAUGGCGGUGAUGUUGCAGCCAGGAGAGGGCCUGGCACGGUGGGCGGGCAGGCCCCUACACAGCACCCUGCAGUGGAGGUCAGUGUGGGGACCCAGCACUGGGUAGAGUCCGGGUUCCAAGAGGGUUGGCCGGGUGUGGUAGGCCUCCGGCUCAGGUGUGAGUUGGCAUGUGCCCUCUGCCCCCAUCCUGCCCUCAGCCACACCUCCAUAAAGCAGAGCCUGCCAGACCCAGGAGGGUCUCCGGUGGCCAAGGUGCCCAGACUUCAGAAGUGGGGAUGGAUGUAGAGGGUCAGGGCUUUGGGCCGCACCCUGCUGCCUCCCAGGUCUCCAGCCCACUAGUCUGUCCAGUUUGGAACCCUUGGCUUUGUGAGCAGGCCUAGUGGGUUGGUUGGGAGAUGUUUUUUCUGGGAACUCCAUCUGGUGCUGGUCAGCUCUUGGUCUGGGAGGCAGUUUCUGGCUUCCUAAUUUUUAGAGGGGUGAACGAGAGAGCAUGGCUGUCUCAGUCUGCUCUGCAAUCAUGACAACAUACCACUGAAGGGGGCUUAACGGUUUUCUCACAGUUCUGGAGACGGAAAAGUCAAGAUCAAGGUGCUGGCUGAUUUGGUAGCUGGUGAGGGGUCUUUCUUCCUGGCCUCCAGACAGCUGCCUUCUCACUGUAUCCUCACCGGGCAGCUCUCCCGGGUCUCUUCCCAGGAAGGCUCUGAUCCCAUCCUGGGGCACAGCCUCAUGACCUCACCCAACCCUCACCAUCUCUCAAAGUCCCCGCCUCCCAAUUUCACCCCCACUGGGGUUAGGGCUUCAAACUGUGAGGGGACACAAUUCAGUCCAUAGCCGUCCCUGGAAGGGGACAGCUGCCUGGACUGGGCAGGCGGGAGCCCGUGGCCUGCCACGCAGCCUGCACUGUCCGGUGUCCUCAAGUCUGUCCUGCCAGGGGCACCCAGCAAACCGUUUCCUACGCUAACACCCCAUCCAACAAGAGCACCUUGACACGUUCCCUGGGGGUCCCUAAUGCAAGUGGGGCUCUCCCUGCCCUGUGAGCAGGUGCAUUCUCUGGUGAACCCGACAAGAUAGGUCCUCACGGGGGUCAGGGAUUCCCUCGGAUUUGGAGUUCGUUUUCCUAGAAGCGCGUGGGUGGCGCUGUCAUCUGCGUGGAGCCAGAUAAGGGUGGGGUCCCUCUCUGUGGACGAGUCUCCUGAAACCAAGUGGCUGGUUCUCUUCAUGCCCCAGCAGAGGGAAGCUGAGGUGACAUCUCAGUGCGGCACGCCUCGUGCUGCUCGUGGGUGGCUGGGUGGCUGUUCUAACCACCUCGGCCCUAAAGGCAGGAGCUAAGAGCCUGGCGGGUUGGAACGACUUGCCCAAGGCCGUGCCGCGCCAAGCAGCAGCCUGAGAUCUGGCCGACCCUGUGGCCGUCCCCCGUGGGACAGGUGCUGGCAGCCGCCUAGAGGGCUGGCCUCUGGUGGCCAGGCUCAGGAGGCCUUUCCCGCCACUGAGCCUGAUGCCUCCCCAGGCGGUGCUCCGUGGACAGUCCGGCUCAGCAGUGACGCCUGUUGGGGGGGUGAGCACCGGAAUCGGGCAGAAGGGUCUCCUUUGUGCCGGGCUCCCCAGGGUCUCGGCGUUGGUGGCCGCGGCGUGGCCAGGUUGCUGGGCGGAAGCCUGGUUCCGGGCUCCCUGGGGCUGUGCUGGCUAUGGGAGCUGGGCGCUGGAGACUGGCUUUAGGAGGGGCACGUCGAUCUCCCCGCGAGGUGUUAGCCUGGGGUCGCUGGUCGCUGCAGCCUGUGGUGGUGUGAUGAGCAGCCAGGACCCGUCGUCCAGAGAUUUUGUGGCCAGAAACACAGCCUGCGGGUGUGGGAGGUGGAGGCCGGGCCCAGGGUUCUAUGGCGUUGGGCCCUUUGCUCCCCUCCCGUAAAUGUUUAGAGAGGCUCGGAUCGCAGCCGUAAAUAUUUGAAAAUGCACCAUGGUGAGCGGGGCUGCCUAGGGGUGGAGGGAUUGAUGACCCACUGAACUUACUGAACAUCCUACAAGGGUAGCAGCAGGGGCCCUGGCGGAGGUUGCAGGAAACCAGGAUAUUGGGAAGUGUGUGCAUGUGAUGACAUCAGAGACGCUUCUCAGAAUCACAGGCUCUUGGCCCUGAAGGGGCCUCGGUGGCCUUCCUGCCUGACCCCUCCCAGGCCAGGCACCCACCCCAGCGAGCUCGAGGGGACCUGGGUCCUGGUGCUGCGGUUGGUGGCCCAGCCAUCUCGGGGCUCGAGGCUCGUCUGCCCCCUGGGGACAGAGUGAGUCUGGCCUGGCCUGGCCAGGCCAAGUGCAGGGAGGGCAAGGGCAGGGCUGACCUAGACCUGUGACCCCCACCCCUGUGGGAGGGAGGCUGAGGCCUCGGUGGCCCUGCUCUUACCGCCUGUCACGUAGGCUUCCCAGGACAGCACUGGACGCUCCCUUGAGAAGUUUCUUUAGUACUUUGGCAGCCUUGUGUGAAGCGGACCGGGGGGAUGCUCUCCUGGGCUCGGGAACCUGAGAGGCAGGCGGGCCCCAGCCCGGCAGCACACACAGCUUCCUGUUUCUAUUUCGGUCGGUGCCUUGCAUCAGUGGAGCGCCUUCGUCUGUGAAGUGGGAAGGAGGCGGCCCUGGGAGUGGUGAGGCCGGGUGAGCCGCCGCCCCUGGGGACCGGGCGCCCCCGUGCUGCGGCUCCUUCCCCGAUGGCGGGGUGCCCGGGGGCCCAGGCCGGGCUCAGACCCCAGAGCCGGCUCCCCUGCCCCGUGCGGAGGCCCACGGCUCUGCCUGCCGCCCUUCUCCGCUGGCAGGCCUGCCCCCUUCUGGUCCUGAGCCAGUUUCUCUUCCAGACCCUUCCCCCAACCUCAUUUCUUCCAGAAAGCACAGCCGUCCUCGUCCUCAGGAUGGGCUGCCCCUGCGCUGAGCCACCUGCCCGAGCCGGUCCUGCCGGCCGCAGGCGAGGAAGCGGAGCUCCAAGCGGGCUGGGAACAGAGCCCGGGUUAGGGCUGGGCUCAGGGUCACCGGCUUCACUCGUCGGUGCCGGGAGCCACCGCCCGCCAUGGAGGGGCAGGACAAACAGCCCCUUCGUGAGGCCAGCACAGAGCCCAUCGUGACUUCAGGGGGUUCGGAGGUGGUGCCCAGGGUGCUCCCCGGAGAGCCCCAGAACCUGUCCGACGUGGACGCUUUCCACCUGCUCCUGGAGAUGAAGCUGAAGAGGCGGCAAGAGCGGCCCAACCUGCCGCGCACGGUGACCGAGCUGGUGGCCGAGGACGGGAGCCGCGUGUACGUGGUGGGCACGGCCCACUUCAGCGACGACAGCAAGAAAGACGUGGCAAAGACCAUCCGGGAGGUGCAGCCCGACGUGGUGGUGGUCGAGCUGUGCCAGUACCGCGUGUCCAUGCUGAAGAUGGACGAGCGCACACUGCUGCGUGAGGCCAAGGAGAUCAGCCUGGAGAAGCUGCAGCAGGCCGUCAGGCAGAACGGGGUCAUGUCGGGACUCAUGCAGAUGCUGCUGCUGAAGGUGUCCGCCCACAUCACUGAGCAGCUGGGCAUGGCCCCUGGCGGCGAGUUCAGGGAGGCUUUCAAGGAGGCCAGCAAGGUGCCUUUCUGCAAGUUCCACCUGGGCGACCGGCCUAUCCCCGUCACCUUCAAGAGGGCCAUCGCCGCCCUCUCUUUCUGGCAGAAGAUCAAGCUGGCCUGGGGCCUGUGUUUCCUGUCGGACCCUAUCAGCAAGGAUGACGUGGAGCGGUGCAAGCAGAAGGACCUGCUGGAGCAGAUGAUGGCCGAGAUGAUCGGCGAGUUCCCCGACCUGCACCGCACCAUCGUGUCUGAGCGGGACAUCUAUCUGACCUACAUGCUGAGGCAGGCGGCCCGGCGCCUGGAGCUGCCCCGUGCCUCUGACGCCGAGCCCAGGAAGUGCGUCCCCUCCGUGGUGGUGGGCGUCGUGGGCAUGGGCCACGUCCCCGGCAUCGAGAAGAACUGGACCACCGACCUCAACAUCCAGGAGAUAAUGACCGUCCCCCCGCCGUCCGUCUGCGGCAGAGUGUCCUGGCUGGCCGCGAAGGCCGCCUUCCUGGGCCUCCUGGGCUACGGCCUGUACUGGAUGGGGCGCCGUGCCAGCAGCCUGGUCUUGUCACUGCCUGCCGCCCAGUACUGCCUGCAGAGGGCCUCCGAGGCCUGGCCGCACAAGUAGGAAGGACAGAGGGAGCCACCACGUCCGUCCAGGGGGCUGCCCGCGGCUGCUCCUGUGACACGGCCGAGGGGCACGGGGGGCCGGCCCCCUGAGGAGCUCCUGGGUGCCACCCCCCAUGGGGGUCCGGCCUAGCCUCACCUGCCCUCUCCCAACCCGCCCAAAUAAAGAAUUAUUUCACUGUC